AUGUCUGCAAGUGAUACACACUCCCCCGCUGUCCUGCGUCUACAAAGCGUCCCGCUUCUCAAUAAGAGCAAGGCAUGGAUGGAGGUAGAAUCAAAUGCAGACAAAAUCGCUAAAGAUGCUUUGGCGAGAAAUACAAAGGCCGCAGCGUUCCAGCCCACGUUUACGGAUUCUAGUGCUUGCAAUAAACUUAUACGUGGCGUAGCACUCGACUACGAAAAGGUAGGGCUUCUACAAUCGAUAGCCAGCUUUUACUGA